AUGGAUGUCACACCAGACGCCCAAUCUCAAUGGGAUUUUAGCUGUGACCUGGAAGUGGAUUGUGGAUCUGAAGAGAAUGCUUCUAUUGUGUAUGCUACCAUAAUUGUUGACAAGGAAUUGCAACCUGGUAAAGUAAAACGACUCAUGACAGUUUCUAAUGGAAAGCUAAUAGUGCACUUUGAGGCAAUAGAAGCCAGAUUUCUUCGCGCGUCAUUCAGUGCUUUUAUGGACGUCGUUACACUAGCAACCAAAACAAUUGAAGAAUUUGGUCAAGGAAUGGAGUUGUGA